GGGAAUAGAUUAAUGAAUCCCCGAUGCGGUAGCCGACCAGUCGCCUCCCACGACAUCGUGGUCCGUCCUUGGACCUGCCAACAGAGAAAAAACAAACAGAACACUGCCGAGGGGUCAACAACAACACACUGACCGGGCAAAAAUAAAAAAAAUGUCAUGCUCGUUUUUCCCGCCAUGGGCUGACGGCGCCUUACAUCCUUCGCCCGCAAGGGUCAGUCAGCCCAUAGAGCCACCACUUCUUCCGUCGCAAGUCAAGACAUUCAUUCCAUCCCCCUCCCUCCGUCCCCUCUCGGUGCCCACAGCCUGGAGAAGUCAAGGGCAAGUCGGACUGCCACUGACUUGCUCGGGUCCCCGUUGCGAGGCAAAAAGCGGCAAGAACUCCGAUGGCAUUGUGUAUGGCCUCCACGAUCAGGUCAUAGUCUCUCUCGGGAUUUUGUCUUCUUCCCCCCGGAAAGUGGAGUCUAUUUGUCCUUCGCUAAGCCUUGACUGGUCUUCUGCCAUGGAUCGUCUCCCAUUCUUCCCCAAUCAGGGUUCUCGGCAGUCGGCAUUGAGACUGCAUGGAUUUCUCAUCUAUGAGUCAGUAAACCUACGGUACGGUCUGACGACAUUUCCCCGUGAUUUAGCCAGAUCUAGGGUUAGCUUGGGAACUCUCUCAAACUCGGCCUGGUGCUCUGGUGAGAGGAUGUAGAGCAUCUGGACUGAGGUUAUUCCCGCUGCGCAUUGACUCCGAGCAAGCCCAGCCAACACCAGGCUUGCAUUUGAGAUGU